AUGGAUAUCGACAUGAGCCGUCGCAACAAGGUUCCGCGGCCUUUGUCCGACUCGGAACGGGCCCGGUUGGACGAGUUCAUUGACUCCAUUCACUACUCGGCGCGAUACUCUGACAGCGAGUACGAGUACCGUCACGUACAACUGCCCAAGGCCAUGCUUAAAGCCAUUCCAAAAGACUACCACGAUUCUUCCCACGGAACCUUGAAGCUGCUAUGGGAAGAGGAAUGGCGAGCACUCGGCAUCACUCAGAGUUUGGGUUGGGAACACUACGAAGUGCAUGAGCCGGAGCCGCACAUCCUACUGUUCAAGCGCCCUCUCAACUACCAGCCUCCCCAGUGA